AUGAUUCGCCAUUGUGGGCUAUUAGAGUUCCCCGCGAUUGGGGAUAGUUUAUCUUGGCGUGGCUGGCGGGAUAAGAAACCAAUCCGUUGCCGUCUUGAUCGGGCAUUGGCCAACGAAAAGUUACAUGAUACCUUUAGUAAUGCCUUCACAGAAUAUUUACCUAUGGUAGCCUCCGACCAUAAACCGGUUUUAGCACUUCUUGAGGAUAAAGCUAGGAAAGGGAGAAGUUGGUUUCGGUUUGACCGACGAUGGCUCGAUAAAGAGGGUUUAUUUGGUGCCAUCUCAGAAGGUUGGGAUGCUGGGGUAGCAAUUCCGAUGGGCAAUUUCAUGGAUAAGAUUAUUAAAUGUCGUCAAGCGAUAUCCAAGUGGCGGAAAGCACAGGUCCCUUAUGGUCGGGAAACGAUUGAAGAUGUAAAGAAUCAGUUGGCCAAGGCCCAAUCAGAUGAUUCGGUCUCGGUUGAGACCAUAUCGGAACUAAAUUGGAAACUUCGAGAGGCUUAUCGUGACGAAGAAAUCUAUUGGUACCAAAAAAGCAGGAGUCAAGAUUCGAAGGUCCAGGACAUAGCUGUUUCCUAUUUCCUGGAUCUGUUCACAUCUUCCAACCCUUCAGAUUUCGAGGAAAUUCUAGGUGAAGUGGGUCCGUCUAUCACGGGCGAAAUAAAUGAUUCCCUGACCCGACCAGCUACAGAACAGGAAAUCAAAGAGGUUUUAUUUAUGAUGCACCCUGAUAAAGCUCCCGGACCGGAUGGUAUGACGGCCCUGUUUUAUCAACGUGCAUGGGAUACAGUUAGACCGGAUCUAACGCUUUUGCGGCUGCGAUCUUUCCUGCCGACUCUGAUUUCCGAGACACAAUCGGCUUUCGUAGAGGGGCGUCUGAUCACAGACAAUAUUUUGAUAGCUCAAGAGAUGUUCCAUGGUCUUCGUACUAACCCUUCUUGCAAGGGUAAGUUUAUGGCCAUUAAAACAGACAUGAGUAAGGCUUACGAUAGGGUCGAAUGGUCCUUUAUCGAACAUCUGUUACGUAAAUUUGGCUUCUGUGAAAAAUGGAUUUCUUGGGUUAUGUGGUGCGUGACAUCUGUCCAAUAUAAAGUUUUAAUAAAUGGUCAACCACAUGGGGCCAUACUCCCGUCUAGAGGACUUAGACAAGGAGACCCUUUGUCACCUUACCUAUUUAUCCUAUGUACAGAAGUCCUUAUUGCUAAUCUCCGCAAGGCGGAGCGGUCCAAGCUCAUUACGGGCAUUAAGGUGUCGACUGCUUGUCCUGCGGUCUCUCACUUGCUAUUUGCAGACGAUAGUCUUUUUUUCUGUCGCGCUACGAAAGAGCAAUGCGAGGCUGUCCUAGGUAUCCUUCGACAGUAUGAACGGGCUUCUGGACAGCAAAUAAACUUUCAAAAGUCUUCGGUUCAAUUUGGGCAUACUGUUGAUGCAGACUUAAGAGAGGAACUAAAAGGAGUACUGGGGAUCACGAAUUUGGGUGGUAUGAGCUCUUACCUGGGCAUUCCCGAAAGCUUAGGAGGCUCAAAAACCAAGGUUUUUUCAUUUGUCCAAGACCGAUUACAAAAACGGACAGGUGGAUGGCCUGCCCGAUUGCUGUCAAGAGGAGGAAAAGAGGUAAUGAUUAAAUCGGUAGCAAUUGCUGUCCCUACAUUUGUCAUGUCAUGCUUCCGUCUCCCAAAGACGGUCACACGAAAACUCACUAGUGCGGUUUCUAAUUUCUGGUGGAGUGCGUCCGGGGAUACACGGGGUUUACACUGGAUUGCCUGGGAUAAGUUAUGUGUUGAUAAGAUCGACGGAGGUUUGGGUUUUCGUUGUUUGGAUGAUUUUAAUACCGCUCUGUUAGCUAAACAACUUUGGCGGCUGAUCUCAGCUCCAGACGCAUUAUUCGCUAAGGUUUUUAAAGGAAGGUACUAUAGGCACUCCAACCCUUUGGAUCCAAUUAAAUCCUACUCGCCAUCUUAUGGAUGGCGGAGUAUGGUAUCUGCUCGCUCUCUGGUAAACAAAGGACUUAUUAAACGAGUAGGAUCUGGAGAUUCCAUUUCAGUAUGGUCAGAUCCCUGGAUCCCUGCUCAACCCCCGAGACCAGCAUUGCGUUCGGGAUCGCCCAUAGAUCCCACGCUUAGAGUUGAAACCCUUAUUGACAGGAGCUCUCGUUCCUGGAACCUGGCUUUACUUUCGGCCUCUUUCAAGCCGGAGGACGUUGCCAUUAUUUCUGCUUUACCUAUUGGUAAACCAGAUUCUCCGGAUAUGUUGGGUUGGCAUUUGACAAAGACUGGUUUAUACACAGUGAAAUCUGGAUAUAAUGCUUUGCGCCAGAACCAGGUGGCCUCUGCACCUGCUUUUGGCCCAAACAUUAUCCCUUUACAGGCCUUUGUCUGGAAGAUUCGGUGCCCACCAAAAAUUCGUCAUUUUUUAUGGCAAGCAAUUACGGGCUGUAUAGCAACAACGGCUAAUUUGAGGCGGCGUGGUAUGACCUGUGAUCCUGAAUGUGGCCGGUGCGGUUGUCCUGAGGAAACGAUUAAUCAUGCCCUAUUUUUAUGCCCACCGGCUUGGCAGGUGUGGGCUCUGUCCUCCUUCCCGACAUCUCUGGACCUUUUUCCCACAGAAUCUAUCUAUACAAACAUGGACUAUCUAUUUUGGAGAUCCCAACGGAAUCCUUCAGCUGAUAUCUUCCCAUGGAUUCUUUGGUAUAUUUGGAAGGCCAGAAAUGAUAAGAUUUUAAACAAUCUGGAUUCCAAUCCGCUAGCAAUUUUACAGUUAGCAGAGGAGGAAGCAAAACUUUGGUCUUCGGCCCAAGCGGAUACAGUAGAACUGCCUCACCAGAUUGGGCCUCACCCCAACACUGGUCCUAUAGUUUCUGGGCUGCUUUCAGCCAACAAAUAUGGGAGUUGCUUCCGUUGCUUUGUGGACGGAUCUUGGAAGGUGACUGAUCAGUAUACAGGCCGAGGAUGGUAUUGCAUUUCUCCUGAGGGGGAAUCUCCCACUAUGGGUGCAUCUAACCUUCGCCGCAGCUUGUCACCUCUCCACGCAGAAGUGGAAGCCUUAAUCUGGGCAAUGCGUUGCAUGAUCGGUGCGGAUAAUGAGAAUGUUGUUUUUCUCACAGACUGUUCUGAUUUGGUGAAGAUGGUGUCUUCGCCGUCUGAGUGGCCUGCUUUCAAGACAUAUUUGGACGAGAUUGAGGCGGACAAGGAGGAGUUCUUAUCCUUUUCACUAGUCCAAGUUCCCCGAACGCAGAAUGGAAGUAUCUGCAACUUCGUCGCCGCCCUCACAUUUGCGGCUGAAGCUGGGGUGUUUCUCGAGGUCGAAUGCUUCGAGCAGUUGACAAACUUCAAGAAUAGCCAAGGUAGCAAAUUAUGGAUGGUUAAUGCGAAGCCAGCUCAUAACUUCCUUCCGGGGGAAAAAGUCAGUAACUUCAAGAAGCUGAGAGCUCGCUACUUCUUCGUCCGAGUUGACGGCCGUUCUUUCGAAAAUCCGAAAUGCGGUCGCCGAAGAGUAUGGAACGAUUCGCCGGUUCGCCCUUAUUCAGCUCGGAGAUUAUCUUCCAGAUUCGAACGCAUCAAGAACGCUCUCCUCAGUGUAGCAGACCGCAGCUGGACUCAAAUCUCACGACGCCGCGUAGAAGCAGCGAUGGGUAAAGCAAGAACGCAGUUCGCCAGUUUUGCAAGCUCACUGGGUCAAACUUCCGAGGUCCCGCCAACCACAAUUGUCGCGGCCGAGAUGCUCUGA